UGGGGUAGUUUAGAGGAGGGAGUAGGAGGUGGGCAGGAGGCGUUCCUGAUGGGUCUCUGACCUGCACCCUCUUUUAGUGUGGGACUUGGAAGAGGGUAUAAGGUGGAACCGUGUUAUGGAAUGCAGCAAUUCUGAUGUUUGAAUUUCAUCUUCCUUCUUGCAAGAGAGGAUUCUAGUAACUCGGUGUCAAAGCCAAGACAUAGAUUCAACCUCUUCUCUUCCAACAGGCAUUUGAGCUGCUCGGCGAGCUGCCACCGUUCUGCGUUGAUCAUAACCUCACUGCUUAUGCCCCAAGCUUCAAGUUACGAGAUGGAAGCCAUUGCCAAGUUUGACUUCACCGCCUCGGGUGAGGACGAGCUGAGCUUCCACUCUGGAGAUGUCCUGAAGAUCUUAAGUAACCAAGAGGAGUGGUUCAAGGCGGAGCUUGGGAGCCAAGAAGGAUACGUGCCCAAGAAUUUUAUAGAUAUCCAGUUUCCUGAAUGGUUUCACGAAGGCCUCUCGCGGCACCAGGCUGAGAACUUGCUCAUGGGCAAGGAGGUUGGCUUUUUCAUCAUCCGGGCCAGCCAGAGCUCCCCAGGGGACUUCUCCAUCUCUGUCAGGCACGAGGAUGACGUUCAGCACUUCAAGGUCAUGCGAGACAACAAGGGUAAUUACUUCCUGUGGACAGAGAAGUUUCCAUCCCUAAAUAAGCUGGUGGACUACUACAGGACAACUUCCAUCUCCAAACAGAAGCAGAUCUUCCUGAGGGACAGAACCCGAGAGGAUCAGGGUCGCCGCGGCAACAGCCUGGACCGGAGGCCCCAGGGGGGCCCUCAACUCGGUGGGGCUGUGGGAGAAGAAACCCGGCCGUCAGUGAACCGGAAGCUGUCGGAUCACCCGACUCCCCUUCCACCGCAGUACCAGCAGCCGCCUCCGACGCAGCGGUAUCUGCAGCAACACCAUUUUCAUCAGGAACGCCGUGGAGGCAGCCUUGACAUAAAUGACGGGCAGUGUGGCAUCAGCACGAGCAGUGAACUGAAUGCUGCCCUCAUGCAUCGGAGACACACAGACCCUGUUCAGCUCCAAGUGGCUGGGCGGGUGCGGUGGGCCCGGGCGCUGUACGACUUCGAGGCCCUCGAGGACGACGAGCUGGGAUUCCGCAGCGGAGAUGUGGUGGAGGUCCUCGAUAACUCCAACCCAUCCUGGUGGACCGGCCGCCGGCACAACAAACUGGGCCUCUUCCCCGCCAACUAUGUGGCGCCCAUGAGCCGCUGAAGCUCUUCCGGGGGGUCAGAUGCUCCGUACCUGAAGCCGCCAGCAGGAAACGGGGCAAGGAAAAAUGCCAGAGCCUCGCUCUCUUUUAUUUGCCUAUGUACACACACAGACAUUUUAUAAUAGUAAUUUAUUAGCAAUUUGGUUGAUUGGUUGAGAUGAAAAGUGCUCCAGCGGAGAUUUACAUUCACGCGUAUUUGUCUACCGCCCUCCAU